CAGAGCCGGCGGCGGGCGGUCGUCCCUCUUCUCUCAGGGCGGCCGCGGGCCGCGUCGGGGUCCUGAGGAGGUGGCUCUGGGCGGGAACGGCUCCCGGGAGCCGCCAGGCCUGCGUGGGUCGGAGCCCGCGGGGACCGCGACAUCUCAAUAAAUAAGAUUCUCAGAAAACAUCUAUGUCAGAGACAGUGGGCAGUAAAUAGAUGGAGCCAAAGAGGAGACCAGAUGCUUCUUCAUGUGAGAGAAAGCAGGCUGCUACCAUGAACAUGACCAGGAAUGUCGAAGGCCUUCUGCCUUUGAGCCAGCAGGAAGAGCUAGUGGAUUUGUCAAACAACUACCCAUUGAGUACAAGUGAAGAUGAGGGGGACAGUGAUGGAGAAAGAAAAUGUCAAAAGCUUCUGGAAGCAGUCUGUUCCCUUGGUGGAAAGAAUAGGUGGAAAUUGGCAGAGAGAUCUGAGGCUGGUCUGAUGGUGUCUGAGUUCAAUGUGACUACUGAAGGAUCAGGUGAAAAGCUGGUCCUUUCAGAUUUGCUUGGGUCUGCUACCGUAUUGUCUUCGUUGGCUCCUGUGAAAAAACAACUGCAUAGAGUCAAGUCAAAGACUUUGAUGAUACCAUUUAACAAAGAAGAGGCUGACCAGAUCCUCAGGGAAGCAGCAUUCAGUAAAACCUCACAAAUUCUUUCCAAGUGGGAUCCUGUCAUUCUGAAAAAUCAGCAAGCAGAGCAGCUGGUUUUUCCCAUGGAGAAGGAGCUGCCAAUUGUUGCUCCCAUUGAACACAUAUUCACUGGCUGGAAAGCAAGAACCCCCCUGGAGCAGGACAUUUUUAACCUCCUUCAUAAGAACAAGCAGCCAGUGACAGACCCUUUAUUGACUCCAGUGGAAAAAGCCUCCAUCAAAGCUAUGAGCCUGAAAGAAGCCAAGAUAUGCCGAGCAGAGCUUCAGAGGACUAGAGCUCUGCAGUCCUACUAUGAGGCCAGAGCUCGAAGAGAGAAGAGAAUCAAAAGUAAAAAGUAUCACAAAAUUAUAAAGAAAAGAAAGGCCAAGAAAGCCUUAAAAGAGGCUGAACAGCUGUGGAAGGACUGCCCAAGUGCUGCAUUGCGAGACCUGGAAAAAAUAGAAAUGGCCAGAAUAAUGGAGAGGAUGAGCCUUAAGCACCAGGGUAAUGGGAAAUGGGCAAAGUCAAAGGCAAUUAUGGUUAGAUAUGACCCGGAGGCUUGCCAGGCUAUGCAAGAGCAAUUGGCUAAGAACAGAGAACUGACACAGAAACUCCAGGUAGUUUCAGAGGGUGAGGAAGAGGAAGGAUGUACAGAAGAGGGAGUAACCUCUGUCUCUAAUGAUGGAAUGAACGGCCUACAGAUGGAUGCAGCUAGUCUAAAUCCCUGGAUGCUUAGGAGUUGCAACAUCGAAGCAAAAAAGGGUGAGAUCAAUACAGACCCUGAACAGCAGUCUGAAGUGGUGGCCUGUGGGUCUUCUGAAAGUGAGGGAGAUGAAAGACCAGUGGCAGAAGAGCUUUUGUUGAAAGAAAGAUCCUUUCAAGAAAGAGUUGAUCCCAACAAUGCCAAGCCAAUGAAUGACCAAGAAACUGAAGACUCUAGUAGCCCGGAGCUGUUAUCUGAGUCAAGGGUAUUGUUUCAGAAACUCAACAAGGAAAACCAUCAAUCUGAGGGGGAACAAAUAAGUUUUGUGGGAACUGCUGUCUGUAUCCGUAGAGAGGAUCUUGCCCCAGAGGAGUUCCUGGUACCUCAAAGGCUAGAGAGAGCACAUGUUCUGGAACAGGGAGAGUUGGGCAAAGAGGGACAUUAUCGAAAAAGGGGGCUUUUGAGACCUCUGUUAAAAGGAGAGUGGAAGGAGAGGAACCCACAUAGUAAAUGUGAUGCCUCUGGGAGGAAGAAAAAGAAGGAACAAAUGAUUGAUCUACAGAAUCUCCUAACUACUAGAUCUUCUGUGAAGUCAUUGGCAGUGCCCACAGUGGUGGAGUUGGAAGAUGAAGUGGAGACAGACCAAAAGCAGAUGGUAAAGGAAGCUUUUGCUGGGGAUGAUGUCAUACGAGAGUUCUUAAAAGAGAAGAGGGAAGCUGUAGAGGCCAGUAAACCAAAGGACUUGGACCUGGCAUUGCCUGGAUGGGGUGAGUGGGUUGGUAUGGGCCGGAAGCCCAGUGCCAAGAAAAGACGCCGUUUUCUUAUGAAGGCUCGGGAAGGUCCUCCAAGAAAAGACAAGAAUUUGUCAAAUGUGAUUAUCAGUGAGAAGCGCAACAUCCAUGCAGCCGCCCAUCAGGUGCGAGUUGUUCCAUACCCAUUUGCCCACCACCAGCAAUUUGAAAGGACUAUCCAGAACCCUAUUGGGUAUACAUGGAACACCCAAAGGGCCUUCCAAAAGCUGACACUUUGCAAGGUUGAUACCAAACUAGGCCAUAUCAUUAAUCCCUUAAAAGCAGAAAAUGUGGGCCACCGAUCGUCCUCAAAGUCCGACCUCUCUGUCCUAGAGAGCAAUCGGAAGCUGCUUUCCAGAAAGCAGCAAAAACAGCUGAAGGAAAGCUGUUCAGAUUGAGCUGCCAGGGGACUAUUAUCUUUGUUCCUGGGACUAAGAAACUCUAAUAUCUCUGUUGUUUUUGUCAUAGUUCUUCAGGGGCAUUUUCUAAAUUGACAGAACAGUGUGUAGUUAAGCCACAUUGUAGAAAAUAAGACAUUUUUAUCUAGGAAAGAGAUUACAUUCCAUUUUGAGAUAUAUCAUUCAGAAAUGAUUCAUUCAUGGGAAAAAUGAAUACCAUAAGGUAGAGUACCUAUUGCAGGGUUAGGGAGGGAUUAAGAGAGAGGGACAGAGAAAUUCAGGCUGGGAUUGGGCAGGGGAAGCAUGGGCAACAGAAUGCUCAGUUACUUUAGAUAUUAAAAAAGUUAAUAAGCUAGGCACGGUGGGUGGCUCGUGCCUGUAAUCCCAGCAUUCAGGGAGGCAGAGGCAGGCAGGUCUCUGAGUUUGAGGCCAGCCUGGUCUACAAAGUGAGUCCAGGACAGUCUACACAGAGAAACCCUGUUUUGAAAACAAAACAAAACAAAAAAACCCACAACAAUGAAAAAAAAAUAAGUUAA